AUGCUGUCGUCUCAGAUCAUCGCGCCUCUGGCGCCUUCGGCGGUGGUCGCAGCUCGCAGGGGGGGCCUGCCCGGACUGAAGCCGGCCGGGGCGGCGGGGCGCCAGGCGCACCUCCAAGCGCACAGGGAUGGCGCCUCGCCGUUCCUGCCCGCGGCGCCGGGCCUGAGGCUGAGAAGGCCGUCGCCGGUCGUCGUGGCGGACCCGGCGAAGGAGGUCGUGGCCACUCGGGCGGCCGCGGAGGAGCUGCAGGGCCUGGACGGAGCUGCUGCCAAGGUGUUUGGGCCCACCCUUGCCCCGUCGAUCGUCACCUCGGGUUUCAUCACCAUGUGGUAUGCACUGAAUGUUGUGUUCAACCUGACCAACAAGUCCAUCUUUAAGUUCUUCCCAUACCCAUGGACAGUCUCGACAGUCCAUGUUCUCGUUGGGUCCAUCUACUGCCUUUUCACUUACUCCAUCGGCUUGAAGCAGGCAUCAUUUGGUCGGGUCAUCAACAAGGAAGAGUUCAAGAAGAUCAGCGGACCAGCCAUCAUGCAUGCCAUUGGCCACAUUGCCGCCAACGUGUCAUUUGCGGCUGUCGCGAUCUCCUUGACUCACACAGUGAAGACUCUUGAGCCGGCCUUCAACUCCCUCCUGAGCUGGAUUAUCACAGGCCAAGCUACGCCCUUCCCCGUUGUGCUGUCGCUGGUGCCCAUCAUGGGUGGCGUUGCACUUGCAUCUGCGGCUGAACUGAGCUUCAACUGGCUGGGCUUUGGCAGCGCCAUGCUGUCAAACAUCACCUUUGCCUUCCGGGCAGUCUGGGGAAAGGGUGCCAUCAAGUCCAUCCCCAACCUUGACAGCACGGCUGUGUAUGCAUACACAACCCUCAUCUCGGUGUUCUUCUGCUUGCCUCUGGCGCUGAUCAUCGAGGGGCCCACUCUCAAGGCAGGCGCAAAGGCAGCCAUCGCCAAAGUUGGCGCCCAAACCUUCUACACUUCUCUGCUGGCGGUUGGCCUCUUCUACCAUCUUUACAACCAGUUCGCUUUCAACACGCUGGGCCGAGUGAACCCGGUGUCCCAUGGUGUCUGCAACGUGGUCAAGAGGGUCGUCAUCAUCGGCACCUCAGUCGUCUUCUUCGGCAACAUCCUGACCACCCAGACCAAGAUCGGCACCGCCAUUGCCCUCUUCGGCACAUACCUGUACGUGGAGGCGCAGAAGCGAUUCAAGGCGCCCCCGCCACCUCAGGCCGAGGGCGCGGCGGCGUGA